CCACCUCCACAUGCUCUGAUGCACCCACUACCGCCUGGGUUUGCGUAUGCCCAUCCACCACCCGGAGAUUACACAGUAGGUGGAAUGCUGCCUCCUGGUCAGCCGCCACCGCAGUCUCAGCCGGGUGAGGCACAAUCAACCAAUCAGGCAGCAAACCGGCCACUCAGCAAUAGUAAGCGGGCAGAGCAGAACAGGAAAGCCCAAAGAGCAUUCAGAGAACGCCGCGAUCAACAUGUUAAAGCGUUGGAGUCCCGUUCUCAGCUCUUGGACGCUGCACUUGCUUCGGCUGAUGAAGCAAAUCGUCGGUGGGAAGAAUGUCGGGCUUUGGUUGACCAACUCCGAGUUGAAAACGCUGCGCUUCGUGCUCACCUA